CUUUUAACAAGUUAUCGAAAGAAAGCGUGUCUCUCCUGCCGCGAUUGACGACAUCCCUGGAACACAUCGCGACGUGCCGUGACGGAGGCGCAUCCGACGCAAGACCGCACGCCACGAUCGAGCGGAAACUUUACACAAUUCGACACGGACCAUGAGUCGAUGGAUCGACCGGGCCGACUACGUCGUGCGCUUCCAGGAGCUUGCGGCCAAACAAGGCCCUGAUGCGACGCCUGCGGUGCUGCCUCCACCUCCACAAGCCAUGGUCGACCGCCUCAAGGACGACUUCCAGCUCGACUGGGACGACUUGCCACCGCUCGCGCAUGAAGCGCUCUUGUGGGAUUCGGGGUAUAUCCUUGCUACAGAUGCCACGUCCACCAGCAUGGAUGCGUGGGUUCAAGUUCGACUGCCGUGUGACUCGAGUCGGCAUAUGCAGGACAUUGCCAUCGCGGCCAGUACGUUUCCAGGUGCUACUCAGCAAUGCGCGUCGGCCAGUGGGUCGUACCUUCGUAGCAGCGACAGCACCGUCGCUGAUGCAAAAGCACUCGCGGCAGUUGCGCGAUGUGGCGUGUUUGUGAAGAAGGGAGUCGGCAUCGCGACGUCGACGGCAUCAGUCUAUUCCCAGGACGCUCUGGCUGAUUCAGUCGUGCCUGAGCCGCGUUUGUUUCUGCAUGGGGCUGUCCACGCCAUCCACACAAUCCCCGAUGCAUCUAUCGAAGCGCCAGCCGGCACAUGUCCUGGCGAUGGAGGCAUGAUCAUCCCGUGCCGGUCGAUCGCCUCGGAGAACGAUCCAACGUUCUGCUUCCCAUUGCAGAGCAGUGCAAUGGUGACGUGGCUCAAAGAAAUACAGCGCGCUCCGCGCAGGAGCCGCCCAGUGACAUCGCCAAGGCCAACGACGAUGACACCUUUGACCACGUCUGUAACGAACCCUUUCUCGUCCUCGCCGAUGCCCUCCCUGCCCACCGCCGCGUCCCCUACAGGUGAAAGCUCCCCGAAUCUAUUGUGGUAUCUCGGCGGCGGCGGCGGCGGUCUCGUCCUGCUCGUGCUGCUGCUUAUCGGCCUCAGGUACCGGACAAAGCGAUCGCGGCAGUUGGAAUGGGACCGUGCGCAAUUCCACCAAACGACCCGACGGGGUGGCUCCAUGCCAUCCCCACUGCCGGAGGAACUCCUGUCCUACACGAAAACAAAGCCACGCACGGCGUAUGACCUCGUGCUAUCACCACACGAGGCACUCCAUCCGCCGCACCGUAUCGAGUCGCCCAACUACUCGAUUGCCCAGGACUUUGCCGACAAUGGCACGACGUCGACAGGCGCGUCGGUAGCCGACGACAGCGACAGUGACCCCAUGCAACGCCUUCUGCACCUCCCUCCAGCUCUCCACCUCGCGAUCGAAGCCCUCGAGUGGGACGUUUUGCUCGACAGAACGUCCGCCGCAGAAAUUUACUACGGCCAGUUCCAGCAAUACCAUGCGAUUGCGCUCAAGAUUCUGCAGGUCGAAGCGGCCCAGGACAGGGCCACGGUCGCGCUGUUUGUCCAGGAAGUCGUGUGCCUUGCCACAUUUCGCCACGCGAGCCUUGUUCCUUUCGUUGGCUUUGGCUACGACGACGUCACGAAAAGCGCGUGCUCCCUCGUCGCCGUGACCGAGUACUGUCCGCAAGGAUCGCUGCGCACGUUCCUGGGCGCAAACCCGUACUUGGACUGGAGCCUCAAGGUGUCGAUGGCGCUGAGCGCGGCGCAGGGGCUGCAGUACUUGCAUGCUCGCAACGUUGUCCAUCGCAACUGGACCGCGCAGGCCGUGUGGAUCGACUGGCCCGCUGCAAAGGUGUCCCCUUUGCACAUCGAUUCGUCGACGGCUUCGACGACUGGCGUCCAUGUGGCGCCGGAACUGCAGCGGCAGGCCGAGAUCGCCUCGACGGCGUCCGACGUGUACGCGUUUGGCGCGAUGCUGUGUGAAAUGGACGCUCAAAUGCCGCUGAAAGGAAAGCCGAGUCUCAGUCAAACGUGCCCCGACGAAGUUGUGGCGAUUGUCCGGCACUGCAUGGAGCCGUCUCGGAGAAAGCGACCGACCAUCGCCCAGGUCAUCGAUGCGCUGGUAGCGACGAGAGCCAACCUGGACGGCGACUGCAGCGGGUUUAUCUAAUGUAUUUACAACCAUCCAUCCAUCCUGGCACGGCCCAGAUCUGGUCGCAGCAGUGUUCUCGAUGGUGCAGUCGCUUCCCUUAGAGGAG